AUGGAUGCCGAUCCUUCUCUGUCACACCCUAAACCUGAUGAUUAUUUGGAAGUUUUCAGGGCUUCUGUCCAUCAAAUUCUUACCAGGGUCAACAAGCUUGAGAAGCAAGUGACUGAGGUUGAACAGUUCUAUGAAUCCACUGAUAACGUCCAAGCUAAUAAUUCUAAAGGUGGCUCACUUGUAAAAGAGAAGGGCAGGGAGAAGCAUCCUACUGGCACCAAAAAGCCACUGCAAGAUGCAUCACAUAUUGAAGCUUCUGCUGCAAAGAGAAUGCAAGAGCUUAUGCGCCAAUUUUCCACAAUAUUGCGUCAGGCAAGUGCAAAUCUUUUGAUUUUCUCUGUUGCACUACCUCCACAAUCUUGCCUUCUUUCCUUCCAUUUUAUGAUAACUCAGCAUAAAUGGGCUUGGCCAUUCAUGGAUCCUGUAGAUGUAGAAGGUCUUGGGCUUCAUGACUAUUAUGAGGUUAUUGAUAAGCCCAUGGAUUUUAGUACAAUCAAAAGUAAAAUGGAAGCUAAGGAAGGCACAGGAUAUAACAAUGUCCGGGAGAUAUACGCAGAUGUAAGGUUGAUAUUCAAGAAUGCAAUGAAAUACAACAAUGAAAAAAAUGAUGUCCAUGUUAUGGCAAAGACCUUACUAGAAAAAUUUGAGGAAAAAUGGCUGCAACUUUUACCCAAAGUUGCUGAAGAGGAAAAGAGACAAUUAGAGGAAGAAGCACAGGCACAACUAGACGUUCAGCUUGCUCAGGAGACAACAUAUGCCAAUAAGGCUAAGGAUAUAAGCACUGAGCUCUCUGAGGUUGAUAUGCAAUUGAAGAGUCUCAAAGAAAUGGUGAUUCAAAAGUGCAGGAAACUAUCUACUCAAGAGAAGAAAAUGCUUGGUGUAACUCUUGGCAAAUUGUCUUCAGAAAACCUCUAUAGGGCAUUGAAUGUAGUUGCUGAGACUAACCCAAUCUUCCAACCUGCUGCUGAUGAGGUGGACCUUGACUUGGAUGCUCAGAGCGACUACACUCUAUGGAGGUUAAAAGCUUUUGUAAAAGAUGCACUAGAAGAGCAAGAAAAGGUCGAUGAGGGUGCAGCUGUUAACCCUAAUGAUAACCCUGAUGACAAGAAAAACAAGAAGAGACGAGACUCUGGUGAUUCUUCAGGCAAGACAAACCCAAAAAGGAAGAAGCUAUCCACAUAG